UGAAAUCAAGUAUAAGAAAUUUUUACCUUCGUUGAAGACCAUAGAAAUAAUUUCUAUGUUGAAGACCAAAUUUCUCUACAUAUUUAAUAAUAAGCUAAACAAUGAGGUUUUCUUAUCGCCAAAAUUAUCUAAAACGAAAAUCUGUUCGCGAUUCUGCGUAUUGGGAAAAUCAAUUUUGAAUAUAAAAGGGUCUUUCAAACAUUUUAGUUAUUUAAUUUUAAACGAGACAAUCAUUUUUAAACGCGAACAUGAGCACCACAGAAUCAAAACAAAAAAAUGCCAGUGAAAUUGAUUUAGAAAAUUGGAUGUUUAAGUUAAGUGACACACUAAAAAUUGUUCCUAUUAUUUAUCUAGCAAUACCAGGAUCACAUGAUAGUUUUACAGCCAAUAUAUCCUCAAAAUCAAAAAUAUCUCCUGAUGCAGAACCUUUUAUAAGAAACUUAAGUGUAUUGGGGCCAGUGGUUAAGUAUUUUAUUGCUAAUUGGAGUCGCACUCAAGAUUUUAUUGCACAAGAGCAAUUAAAGAAUGGAAUAAGAUAUUUUGAUUUACGAAUAUCAACCAAAGUUGAUGAUGAGGAUUUUUAUUUUGUACAUGGCCUUUACUCAGACAAAGUUUACAGUGUGUUUGAGGAAAUUAAGGAGUUUUUAAAAGACCAUCCUGGAGAGGUGAUUAUUUUGGAUUGCCAACAUUUUUACGCGUUCAUGCAGGAAGAUCACAAUAAAUUGAUGGCGCUCAUUACGAAAACUUUCGGGACUAAAUUAUUGCCUUACACGCAGCAUAUGGAAGCAAUAACCUUAAAGUAUAUGGUUGCUAAUAACUACCAAAUAAUAACUAUUUAUAGAUCUGAGGCUUUACGAUUUGGGCAGCCUUUUUUAUGGCCUUCAAGCAGUUUUCCUACACCAUGGCCUAAUACGGUGUCCAAAGAGAAUUUAUUUCAAUAUUUGGAUAAUGGCCUUGCCCAUAGAGAUAAUAACAUUGGUUAUAUAUCACAGUGUAUUUUGACUCCCUCAAAUCGCUUUAUUUUUUUCAACAUACUCAGUACUUUACGACAGAAAGGUGGUAUAGAGUUGGAGGAAGAUAGGAACAAUUGGAUUUUGAAGCAUAAACCUGGGGGAAAUGGUUUGAAUAUUGUUAUUUCUGAUUUUAUGGAUUUGACAAAUAAUUCGUUUUCGAAAAGUAUUAUUUCUUUAAAUUCUGAUGACUUGUAUUAUAGUUAUACAAAAAGUAAAAAUCAUACUGUUGUAAGUAUUCCAAAAGCACUCAAUAAGUUUUAAAUAAAUAAACAGGGUUCAUUUAAUAUUAUAUACUUAUAAAUAUAUAAACAAUAAUUAAGAUAAAAUGUUAUGUGCUAUUUCUCUGGUUAUAUUUUUUGUACUCUAUUAUUUUUCAGUAUUAUUAGAUGUUAGGAUUUUUAAAUUAUU